GUAUAUCUGCAAAUUCUAGGGGUAUAGGUUAAGUUCAGAGUACGCCGGUAACGAAGCACAUUUUGUUGUCUCCUUUUUUUAUUAUACGAUGCUCAAAUUAUGCAAAUCGUUAUUUUUUCGAGGACCCGCCUGUCGGGCGGUGUUUACUCCACGGUCGUAUUCUAUGAGAAAUUUAAAAAAAAUGAAAAAAACUCCGUCGAUCACCGAUGUCAAGUGGAAGGUUAAGAAUCUAAGAAGACAUUCAUGCCUGUGUCUGACCAGAGCAAUUAAAACAUUGGCAAAAAUGAGUGAUGAUAUUACAUUUUAUACGUUACCUAACGAACAACCAAUAGCUGCUCUGAACUGUGAAAAGGCUUUCGCCCUAUUAACGGAGAGAGAAAGGUUGUAUGCUCAUUAUUUAUGUCGUGCUGCUUGGAAUGGUGGCCUUGUCGUACUGAUACAAACUUCCCCUGUGUCCCCAUGGAUAUUUGCUCUUUUACAUAAGAUCGUUAUCGCUGAGUCAAUGGAUAUUUUAAAACAAUCAGCUCUUGAUGCUGGUGUUACAGAAAAUGAAUUUACGGCAUUUUUGGUUUAUAUUUGUGGGAUACUAGCAAAUUCUGGAAACUAUAAAUCAUUGGGUGAUAGCAAAAUAAUUCCAAACCUUCCGAAAGAAAAGUUUGAAGCCAUUAUAAAAGCUUCCAAAGCAUACAAAGAGAAUUCUGAUUCUAUUGAAAAUAUUUGGAAUAAAAUACAGAAGAGCAUGUAUUCCCUAGAAGGAAAAGUGAAAUCUUUGGGACUUGGUGAUAAAGGGAUAACAACUUAUUUCUCAGCAAACUGUACAACGGAUGAUGCCGAGUUAGUGAAGGAAUUUUUGCAGAAGAAGGAUAUAGGAGCUUAUAAUACAAGAUGUUUUAAAACAACUGAGACUUGGGAUGAUGCAGGUACUAAAAAGGAACGAAAUGUUUAUGAGAUUAGAUUAGCAUCUAUUGAAAAGGGUGAAGAUAACAAGAUUACAUUACCUGAGGAGAUAUUUCAAGGUGCAAAGUUCAAAGUAACUAGAGGAGAUUAUAGUGAGUUACUGGAAGGAGUUGUAAGUAACUUAAAGAAGGCUAAAGAAUAUGCAGGCAACGAGACCGAGAUAUUAAUGUUGGAGAAAUAUAUUGAUCAUUUUAGUAGUGGCUCGCUCAAUGACCACAAAGAUGGGUCUCGAUAUUGGAUUAAAAACAAGGCACCUGCUGUAGAGACAUAUAUAGGUUUUAUUGAAACUUACAGAGACCCAGUUGGGCAGAGAGCAGAGUUUGAAGGAUUUGUUGCGAUGGUAAAUAGAGAAAUGUCAAAAAAGUUUCAAAGGCUCGUCGAAGGAGCUGAAAAGAUAUUGACAAAGUUACCUUGGGGUAAAGACUUUGAAAAAGAUCAGUUUUUGAAACCUGAUUUUACGUCUCUUGAUAUACUAGCUUUUGCUGGAUCAGGUAUUCCAUCUGGUAUAAAUAUACCUAAUUACGAUGAAAUUCGUCAAUCAGAGGGUUUUAAAAAUGUUUCCUUGGGCAAUGUACUACCUGCAUAUUUGAAGCAGGAUGAAUUGCCAUUUUUAACCAAGGAAGAUCAAGAAUUAAUGGAUAAAUAUAAAACAGAUUCAUUUGAAUUGCAAAUUGGACUACAUGAACUCCUUGGACAUGGUAGCGGUAAAUUGUUCCGCAAAGAAUUGGAAAAGUUUAACUUUGAUCGUGAGCAUUUAAAAAAUCCUUUAACUGGAAAAUUAGUGGAUAAAUAUUACAUAGAUGGGGAGACAUAUGACUUUAAGUUUGGUGCUUUGGGAUCAUCUUAUGAGGAAUGUCGAGCUGAAGCUGUAGGUCUCUAUUUGUGUUUAGAAAAGGAUAUUUUAGAGAUAUUUGGCCACACUGGACAGAAAGCUAAAGAUAUAAUUUACGUAAACUGGUUGUGGCUGUUGUGGACUGGUUGCGGUAGAUCUCUUGAACAGUAUCAACCCGAGACAAAGACAUGGUUGCAAGCUCAUGCUCAGGCUCGUUACGUUCUACUAAAAGUAUGUUUGGAAGCAGGAAAAGAACUCAUAGUUGUUGACGAGACAGAGCCGGGAAAGAAUCUUCUUCUUACAUUACACAGAGAGAAGAUACCCACUGUGGGUAAAAAAGCCAUUGAAGAAUUUUUGAUGAAACUACAAGUUUACAAGAGUACAGGUGAUGUUGUCGCUGCUAAAAAACUGUAUGAUCAUUACAGUGAAGUUCCAGAGUCUGGACAUUGGAGGGAUAUAGUUUUGGCUCACAAACAACCACGGAAGCUUUUUGCUCAGCCAAAUACAUUCGUUGGCAAUAAGAAAGAUAACGAAGAAGUGAAAGUGAAACAUUAUGAACCAACAUUUAAUGGCUUGAUACAAUCCUGGGUGGAACGAUUUCCAUCAGUGGAAACGUCGGAUAAUUUGAUUGAAAUUGCGCAAAGGGAUGAACAGCAUUUUGCGGUUUAAAACAUUAAGCAGCAAUAUUACUCAUAAAAGAGAUUUUAAUUUUGUGAAAGACAAAGGAUUUUUAUAUAAUAUACACAACGCUUAAUACGUACAUCAAUACAAUAUAAGAAUGAUUGUAUACUACAAGUCGAUUAUAAAGGAAUAUUACUUUUGGGCGAUUA